AUGGAUGCUUCAGAGCAGAAGACGGGAACAGCGAGCGCUAUUUUGCAGUCCGGGUUUCCAUUCUGCCCAUUCCCUCAAUACCAACUGGAAGACCUCCCCACUGAGGGAGUAUUGGAAUGGGUGGAAGAGAAAUUGGAUGCAGGCCAACCAUUUGUCGUACGCGGGUUCGACAGACUUGAUACCUGGGAUGCUGCACUACUCACAAGAGAGAGCCUUUUGGAUCUUCUAUUCUUGGACUCAAUCCUUGUUAGAAACUGCCAAACCGGACGCGAUAUCCGCGUGUCGGCGCAGGAAUUGCUGCGUUCCGAAAGGCCUGGCCGCAAGGAUAGACGUAGAAUUCGAGAAUCGCUCUAUGCGAAAGAUCUACAAUGUCCCCCGCGUUGGGCUGAAUCGCUAGAUGCCCUCCUGCCAGAACCAUUUCGAUAUCUUGGAUCCCUCGACCUUUUCAGAGCUUUACCCAAACAUAUAGCCCCAGAGGUCUUUAUGGCAUAUGUGGGCACGCGGAAUUCAUUUUCCGGAUUCCACAGAUGUUUCAGCGGCACCGUUGCUUUGAACUUCUUACUCGAGGUUGAUGGUAUAGGCCCCGGUACAGUUUGCUACGGCACAGAUCGAGAUAGCCAAGAAAGAUACAAUGUAUUCACUGAAAAGCUAGGACGUUCUCCCCACACCGACUGGGUGAGCAUUUUGCCAGCGCAGAUGAAACUCGCAGAUUUUCCAAUCUAUGUCUAUGAUCAAAGACCAGGUGACCUGGUUAUUUUCCCCUCGGCUACUGCACACCAGGUGUGCAACCUGGCCCCGAGCGUUACCAAAGUUGUCUGGAACAUCCUUCAUCUUUCCUCACUCAUGGCAUUUUGGCAGGAUGUCCAGCCUGCGUAUCACCACCAAUGCCAUGCAGAUACUGGCCGAGUACCAUUAGUACCAUGUAAUAGCUUACACCGCGCCUUCGAAUCCAAUGAGCACCAUCGCACAAAGGAACUUACUACAUUGGUAGAUAUAUUCCAAAAGCUCAUUGAUGACCAGAUCAUUGAACGCGAAAUAGAUACUCCUAUGCGGUCAGUCGAUCCACAGGACGGUGUGAUUGAGUGCAAUUUUUGUGGCUCAACGAUCUGGAAUCGCCAUCUACAUUGCGACGAGUGCGGCGACUUUGACCUCUGCAUGACCUGUUUUGUAUCUGGUCGCAGCUGCAAACAUACGUCCGCAUACUCGUGGGCACAGAUCGUGCCAAUCCCAGAAUGCAAAAACCUUGUGAAGCACGUUUGGAACAUGCUUGAGCUCGCUCCUCAAUAUUCUUUGCCUGCCAAUUCUAAGUCACUCGGGACCUUGGCUUCUCAAGCGGUGCUCACUCGUCAAGAUUCUACGCCAUACCAGCGCAAACAUCGACCAGCCGGUCCUCGUGUCAAAGCAGUCGAUUCACGUGGCUCCGUCUAUGGAUUCAUGGAUAAUGUAUUCGACCACAAGAGAGGGAAAAGGCCGACCGCCACCAUCGAAGAUACUUCGACAUUAUCGCAGAACAGUCCACAAGGGCAGAAACGGCCGCGCACUGAGAGCAGCGACGUGUUCCUCGAUGUUUGGAAACAAGAUCGGUUUAGAAGACCCAGAUCAAGGCUAUUGACCAAUAGAACGAGUGCCUCACCACUUGAGCUUCCUCCUAUUUCCGAGCUGCCCGGAAUGGGGUCUACCAAUUCUCGGGUCGAGGCGCCUGUCCGCAUCAGCGAUUUGCUCGUCCAGCAGGGGAGCCUGCCCACAGACGAAGGUGCUGACCGUCGAGCAUUCACUUCUCCAAGCUCUUCAGCACAUAACGCUUUCCCAAGGUACGAAGUUAUGCCCCGUGGUUUCACCGUAACUCCGCCCAGGCCCGAAGAGGCUCGUCCCCACGCCGUAGCGGGCCCCCAAACUAGUGCGGCGCCUGGACUGGGGGACAUACCUUCCCUUGAGAAACGCCUAGAGGCCCUCCGCACCUAUGCAAACGACCUUUUGGAACUGUCAUUGACAGACUCCCACGCCCAAGUUCUCGACCGGAUCCAACAGCUGCAGGGGCAAGUUGAAGCGGCCAAGAGAAGGAAAGCGGAGGCUCUAUUGAGUGGUUUACGGACGGAUUUUCCCGAUUUGGCUGACGUGGCCAUGGAAGAAGCACGGCGGCGGGGGGUCUUGCAGUAA